AUGUCCGAUAUUAAUUUGUCAUUUCCUCGCACUCAACGCAUAAAAAAAACUCAUCAAAUAUCACAUGCAAGCAUAGAAUCCAGCUAUCAUAAGCAAGUCCCUCUAAACCCUCGUCAAAAGCUGUAUUUAGAUUUAACUAACGUCCAUAAACAAUCUAAGAGCAUUUUCAAUCACCCUUUAAGCACAAAGUUUGCAGCCUUCCCAGUUAAUCAAUUAGAUUCAACGAUGUUUACUCCUUCUUACAAGAAUUUAGAAGAAUCAUACACAGCUCGUCCAGUUGAUACGUCGUUUAAUAGCAUUUCCACAUCUUUAAAAGAUAUUAUCAAUACCAGCAGGAUUCGAUCCAGAAGAUCUGGAUUUAAAUCCAUUUCAACUCCUUCCAAGCGAGAAAUUAAAUUUCCCAUUUCUGGGCAAGAUGCUAUGAGAUAUUUUUGUGAAAAUUUAACCGAAUAUGAACAAAGUGAAGUUUUAGAUUAUAAAGAAGUUUAUUUUUUAGGCAGCAAAACAGGGAAAAUCAAUGGGAAAAUUGGAGACUUAAACUGAGGCUAUGAUAAUGAGAAAGGAGACUUCCAAGUUGUGCUUGGAGAUCAUAUUGAUUUCCGUUAUGAAAUAGUUAGUGUACUUGGAAAAGGGACAUUUGGACAAGUUUUAAAAUGCUUGGACCAUAAAAAUAAUGAGCAUGUCGCUGUAAAAGUGAUUCGCAACAAAAAGAGAUUCCAUAAACAAGGUUUAGUUGAAAUAAAGAUCCUAAAUUUACUCAAAGCCAAAGAUCCAGAAGACAAUUACAAUGUAAUCCGAAUCAAAGAAAGCUUUACAUUUAGAAAACACUUAUGCCUCAGUUUUGAGCUGCUUUCUAUGAACCUAUAUGAAUUUUUAAAACUAAAUUCUUUUGAAGGGUUAUCAUUGCAUCUUGUAAAACGAUUUUCUUUACAAAUUUUAAAUGGGCUGAAGUAUUCUAAAUCCUUAUCGAUUAUCCAUUGUGAUUUGAAGCCUGAGAAUAUUUUAUUGAAAACAUCGACGAAAUCAUUGAUUAAAAUUAUUGAUUUUGGCUCGUCUUGCUUGGAAAGUGAAAGAAUAUACACUUAUAUACAGUCAAGAUUUUAUAGAGCACCAGAAAUCAUGCUAGGAAUUCCUUAUGGUACAAGCAUCGAUAUGUGGAGUUUUGGUUGCAUUGUAUCAGAGCUGCACACUGGCUAUCCUUUGUUUCCUGGAGAAAGCGAACAAGAACAGCUAUAUAGAAUUAUUGAAGUAUUAGGGCUCCCUCCUAAACAAAUCAUGGACAUUUCGACAAGAAAAAAAAUAUUUUUUGACAAUGAUGGCAAUCCUAAGCUAAUCCCAAAUUCUAGAGGAAAAAUCAGAUACCCAAAUACAAGGCCUUUAUCAACAAUGAUUGGAAACCAGGAUCCACUUUUGCUGGAAUUUUUGACAGCAAUUUUAAAAUGAGAUCCGCAAGAAAGGCUGACACCAGAACAAGCUAUAAAUCACCCGUUUUUGAAAAUGCAGCUUUCACCUAAAAGAAGAAAUAGACCGAGCAUAUCAUUUUUUAGUAAAGAAUUUAUUAAAGCAAAGUUAAAUUAA